CCAAUAUGGCGGCGACGAAGGAUGCGUUCUAGCACGUAAUGAGGCUUCCACGUGUAUGAUGUCUAUGACCUGACUUUCGCCAGAAGGAUUUCGUUCCGCAGACCGCGUGGAGCUCUGUAGAAUGACGGAAUGCGCAAUGCAUCUGGCAAGAGUCAGGUUAGCGGUCUGCCUUUCUCGACUCGAAUGCCUAUCGCAACAUGGCGACGACGUUGACGUACUCGCCUACGCGGGGGAUACAAAAUCCUGACCGCAGGGUCAUUGGCUCUAGCUGGUAAAAAAAAAAACAUGGCUGCGUUGAAGUUUUGUGCGAAUAUUUCCUGGCUGUUUACGGAGCUUUCCGACUUCAGCAAGAGGAUUUGUGCGGCUGCUUCUGCCGGCUUCCAGGCUGUGGAGGCAGCCUGGCUCUACGACUCGGACCUGUCGGAGCUGCAGAAAGCUAAGGAGGCAGCAGGAGUGGAGUUCGUCCUCAUCAACACCCCGCCAGGAGAUCUCAAGGCAGGUGAUCUCGGUCUGGGAGCAGUUCCUGGGAGAGAGCUGGAGUUCAGACAGGGUCUGGAUCUUACUCUGAAGUAUGCCAAAGCUCUGAACUGCAAGAGAAUUCACCUCAUGGCGGGGAGGAUUCCAGUGGAUUCUCACAGAGCAACAGUUUCCAGAGAAAUGGAGGAUGUCUUUGUGAAGAACUUAAGCUAUGCAGCUGAUAUCCUCUCCAGGGAGGGAAUCACUGGAUUGAUUGAGCCAAUCAACAGCAGAAUCACAGACCCCCGGUAUUUUCUGGACUCCCCUCAUCAGGCUGCAGCAAUACUGGAGAAGGUUGGCAAGCCAAAUAUUCAGCUACAGAUGGACAUCUAUCACUGGCAAAUAAUGGAUGGAAACCUGACACAAAACAUCCAGAAAUAUUUCCCCAUAAUUGGCCACGUCCAGAUUGCACAGGUUCCUGGCAGAAAUGAACCCGACAGCGAUGGGGAGCUGAGCUACAGUUACCUGUUCAGUAUACUGGAAAAGCUUGGCUAUCACGGAUACCUUGGCUGUGAAUAUAAGCCUUUAGUGUCCACAGAAGAGGGUUUAGGGUGGAUCAAACGAUACUGGGCCCAAUAAUUACUUAUGCAGUGAUUAUCACCAACUGUCAUUACUCCACCUUCUGCUGGAAGUCAAGUGGCCUUUAAGUGUUCUCUGUCACCACAUGAACACUGCUGAUGGUGGUUCUCUCAGUCCAGUGGAGGUCCAAACAGCUGCAACUUGAAGACUUUUGUAUCACAUUUUAGAUUAACAUUUUGUGGAAUCUGGAAAUUCUAGUGGAUUUACUAUGUCCAUAAAAUGUCUAUUGUAUUACACUUACA